AUGAGCUCGGAGGAAGCCAAGGUCGUCGUUCCGAGGAACUUUAGAUUGUUGGAGGAGCUUGAAAGAGGUGAGAAAGGAAUCGGAGAUGGUACCGUGAGCUAUGGAAUGGACGACGCUGAUGAUAUCUAUAUGCAAUCUUGGACUGGCACCAUUCUCGGCCCUCAUAAUACUGCAUACGAAGGGAAAAUCUUCCAGCUGAAGCUCUUCUGUGGCAAGGAUUAUCCAGAAAGUCCACCAACUGUGAGGUUCCAGACCCGGAUAAACAUGGCUUGUGUUAACCCUGAAACCGGAGUGGUUGAACCGAGUCUCUUCCCUAUGCUCACAAACUGGCGGCGAGAAUACACAAUGGAGGACAUACUUGUUAAGCUGAAAAAAGAAAUGAUGACUUCUCAUAACCGGAAGUUAGCUCAACCACCGGAAGGUACAGAGGAAGCUAGAGCAGAUCCAAAGGGACCAGCUAAAUGCCGUGUGAUGUGA